GAGCUGACGAGGCGUGCUCACUUGCUCCAUUAUGAGGAAGCAGGACUGAGAGCCAAGAGAGAAAAAGAGAGACUGGGACCAGAGGAGAGGUGCUGCCUGGGUUAAACUUAGCAGUGUUAGGCUCAUUUUUUCUCUCUCUUUUUUUCACCUCCUCUUUGUCUGUUUUGAAGGGGGGGGGGGAGCAGAUGGCUGGGGCUGACAGAGCAGAGAGCACAACGCCAGUGCGGGCAUGAGGAGCUGCUUUCACAGGAACACUGGGCACUGCAGGGAGCCAUUCGCGUCUUUCCUUUGUUUCCCAUAAUUGGCAGAGGCAGGUUUUAACAGCAAGAGAGGAAAUCUAUGUCGAGACGAAGGAGGAGGCAGAGAGAAAGAGAGAGAAGGAGAGUAAAACAGAGGACCUCAGAGGAGCAGGGGAGGUAGGGACCAUCAUCCACAAGAGAGUUUCUUGAGGAACCGAGAGUUUUAUCCCAAAGGGAUUGACUCAUAGCCUACAAACACAACAAGGGUUGAGUAAUCAGUCCUUUUCAUUGGGGAAAGGAGAGUUUGGACUCACGUCAUUGUCUGGAAGACAGUGACUUAUCUGGGGACAAUCUCCUCAAUCUGUCUGCACCCCAACAAACAAAGACCUAGGACUGGUUGUGACCGCAGACACAGUGACCCUAGUGGUCGUGAUUGACUUCAGACGUUUUCACCCCAAUCCACUGAUUCCCUGGGUCUCUGGUCAUCUGGAAGCUGAUUUCAUGCACCCGGUCCGGUGGUGUAACGGAUGUCUGUGCGGUUUAAGAUCGCAGAUCUCAGACCCUUACGGCAAGAUGACAUCGGAAGACAUCUACAACCUGCCCCUCAACGUGUACGUCAUCAUCCUGGGCAUCGGCCUCUUCAUCUUCAUGCUCAGCCUGAUCUUCUGCUGCUACAUGUUCAGGUUAAGGCGACAAGGCACAAGGGAGCAAUAUGGAUAUAAUGAGGUUGUUUUGAAAGGAGCAGGAAAGAAACUGAGUCUUCUUGGACAGACCUGUGCAGUGUGCUUAGAACAGUUCAAAAGCAGAGACGAACUUGGAGUGUGUCCCUGCUCACAUGCCUUCCACAAGAAGUGUCUGUUAAAAUGGCUGGAGAUCCGCAGUGUCUGCCCUAUGUGCAACAAACCUAUCUGCCGUUUGCAGCCAGACCCCCCACAGGGUGCAGAGAGGCCCCAGGGCCCAAUGGAGGUGUGAGAGGAGAGAAGGACCCCACCACAGCACCUCAACACCACUAACUACAGUCCCAACCUGUCUCUCCCAGACCGCCUGACCCCUAAAAAUCACACCCUGGUCCAGGUGAAGGGAAUCAGGCAUUCCAUCCUGACCUCUCCCAUAUAUCCUAGUUCUGACAGACUAUUUAAAUCCACUGCACUCUUUGAAGGUGUUAGAGCCCUGCAGGUGUGUGUGAGAUAAGACUUUAAAGUGGAACUCAUAGAACAAUAUUGGGGGACAAACUGACAAACUGUCAGUACCCUCCAUCCCAUGUUGCCAAUUGAAGAUAGGGUGUCUGAUUGGUCGAUGAGUAACAUAGGACCUGGAUGGAGGUGACACCCACAUACCACGCUCAUAGCUGCCAAUAUGGACCAAUGAGGUAUCCAGCUAUGACAUAGGGUACAGUGACCCUGUCUCUAAAUAACACAUCAGGGUCAUUCUUGAUUUGCAGUGCCUUUUGGGCAUGGCAUUUUGGAAGACAUUUACUUCAUUUUUGUUUAGUUGUUUUUAUUUAAAUGUAUUUGGGUACAUCUUCCCAUUCGAAAUAAAUGAAUAUGGCCGAUUAAUGACUUUAAGUCAUUUUGACGAUAACCUUCUGCCACCGCUAGGAGUAGUAACACCAAUGAUGCCAUUAUCUAUGUCAGAAAGUGCAACCAUUCUGCCUGCACUGUCGAGUUGAGAGACGGGCAUCGCGUAGGAGUGACCUACCUGUCGGAAGACAAUGCAAUGUUGGUAACACCAAUGACACAUUUUUUGUAAUUGAGGAUUUUCUUAAAUGGAGACCACAGCUGCUCGGAUGUAAUGUCAUUAACCCUUAAUUUACUCAAGUUCUAUGAUUGAUUGCUCACAAUGUAACUUCUCUUCAUUUAAAUUGAUUAGCCUAACACUAAUAACACUUUAUUUAGACACACCAUAUUAUAGCACUCUAAAAGGGUGUGAAUAGCUAACAACUUUCUUUAAUAUAGACUACUCCUCCGAAAAGAGUUUUUCUUGGAGAGAAGGCUCAAGGUCCAAGUAUAUCUUUUGUGUAAUGAGUAAUCUCAGAAACCCAGAACUAAAAUCGUAUGUAAUUGCGUCAGAUGCUCGAUUCGAUUCUGGAGGAGAUGUAUUAGGAAGGAUACUAACACGACUAGUGAAGUCUCUUUAAACAAUGCAUUAAAGAUACAGUUUUGCAGUAGAAAGGACUUGCGUUAAUAAACAGUUCAAUAUAAACAAAGAAUGUGUAUGAUGUGUAACUAUUUGUCAUAAAGUGUUUUUCAUGGUUGAAAAGCCGAGGGACGCAAAUGCCGUCGCAAUUCACUUAAAUAUAUAGUCUUUAAGUUAUUUCUAAGGAAUUGUUUUGUAUUAUAACUGACUUUCAAUAAAGUGUAGUGUUUCAGUGAUA